CCCCUGGAAAGGGGAUGUCACAUCCACCUCUGUGUCCUCCAGGCAUCAAAUGUGGGGGGGUGCUUUCGGCACCCUCUGGCAACUUCUCUAGCCCCAACUUCCCAGGACUGUACCCCUAUGAGACGGAAUGCACGUGGCUGAUCGUGGUGGCCGAGGGCUCCUCCGUCCUGCUCUCCUUCAGCCACUUCGAGCUGGAGUACCACGCCGCCUGCGCCUAUGACUACCUCCAGGUCUACAACGGGGCUGACCGAGACCGGGGCAACCUCCUGGGCACCUUCUGUGGCCACAGCCGCCCGCCACCCUUCUCCUCCGCAUGGCACGUCAUGGCUGUUGUCUUCCGCUCCGACCGCCACGUGGCCAAGCGCGGCUUCUCCGCUGCCUACCGGAAAGAUGCCUGUGGUGGGCAGCUGACAGGGCUGUCUGGGGAGAUCACCAGCCCUCGCUACCCCGAAAGCUACCCCAAUGAUGCCGAGUGCCGCUGGAGCAUCGGGGCACCUGAUGGUGGAACACCCCUCACCCUGGUGUUCGUGGACUUCCAGGUGGAGGGGGGACAGGGCUGUGGCUUUGACUACGUGGCUGUUUUUGAUGGCCCCACCGCUGCUGCCCCCGGCCUGGGACGUUACUGCGGCAGCGCCCGCCCGCCCCGCACCGUGUCCUCCACCCCGCACCUCCUCGUCCUCUUCAAGUCGGACUUCAACAUCGGCGGCAGGGGCUUCAAGGCCCAUUUCUAUUCAGGUGAGUGCCAGGAGGUGUUCACUGCCAUCAAAGGGAACUUCUCCAGCCCUCGGUACCCCAACUUCUACCCCAACAACCUCCAGUGCCAGUGGAGCAUCCAGCUGCCCCCAGGCUACCGAGUCAGGAUCUUCUUCUUGGACAUGGACCUGGAGGGCCGGAGCAGCCUGACGGGUGGCUGUGACUACGACCAUGUGGCUGCCUUUGAUGGUGGUGCUGAGAACGGGUCCCUGCUGGGGCAGUGGUGCGGGCAGGACAGCCCGGCACCCAUCACCUCCCGCAGCAACUGGGUGCUGCUGAUGCUCCACACUGACCGCAACACAGCCAAGAGGGGCUUCUCCAUCGCUUAUGUGGGAGUUGUGCCCAUGAACGUCAGCUGCACCCGGACAGACUUCCACAUCCAGAUCCCUGUGCAGUCCCUGGCCCAGCUGGAGAGGAACAGGAUUUAUUUGGGGACCCCGUCCUGUGCAGCCCAGGUGGUUGGCGGGAACUUCAAAAUACACACCAGGUUCGAUACCUGUGGUGCUGAAUCCCAGAAACGCAACAACACGUCUGUCAUCAUCAGCACCCUCUACAUCGACUUUUCAGCAGGCGACCAGGAGGACAUCCACCAGUACGAGGUGCAGUGUGAGCCCAAGAGGAAGGAAGCCUCGGUCACCCUCAUCGCUGGCCCCGACCCAUCCAGGCUCAGCCAGCCAGAAGACCUGGUGGAUGCCCAGCAGCGGGAGGGGGAAGCGAUGGACACCCGUGAAAUCAAGAGCCAGGACACCAGUGACAUCGUCUUCAUCAGCAUCUGCAUCCUGGCCGGGCUCCUCAUGGUCAUCGCGGUGGUGGGGCUGGUGCUUCUGUAGGAGGCUGCUCCACACAUCUCCAGGGCAAUCCCAGCCCUACCCAGGGUGGAAAUGCACCCCUUCACCCCAGGCUGAGCACUAACACAGCUGCUCAAAUACAAACACAGCUCCCAGGCUCUGAAUGAGCCUGAACCCAACCUCCACCUCCCCACAGUGCUGGAAUAAUCCAGGCAAUAAGCAGCCGUUUCGCUUCCCAAUUUGUUUUCCUCUGUCUCAAUCUGUCCAUUUGGCUCGGGAAUGCAAUUCUUGCACUUCCUAACUCUUCCCGCACCUGCUUCAGUUCAUUUUCCCUCUGGUGCUGCUGCUGCUUUCGGGAAGGUAACGUUCUUUGCUGAUGGCUGCAAGUCAUCCUGUCAGUUAUUUCUAGCUGAACUCUUGAAGGUACAAACCAUCCCCAAAUGCAGUGAUAUUCCCAGCAAAUAUUAUCCAUGCUCCCACCCAUGCUCAGGGGGGUACCGUGGUAUCUCCACUUGGCACAUACAGAUGCAGCUCAUGGAGAUGCUCCCAGGCGGUGUUUCUGGAUGUCUGGAUGAUGUGAUGAGAUGCAUUCACCACGCCCUGGAGCUCCUUGUUUGAUCUUCACAUGUCAUCUAACCCACUGCUUGCUCUCAGGACUCACCUGAGUGCUUCAGCCACCAGCAGCUGGAGGGAAGGAGAAGGAUCUCCCUUCUGCUCUGUGUUUUCCUCCUUCCCAGCGCAUCCAGGAAUCCAGCACUGUGAGCUCUGUACCAGCAUCACUCCUGGAGUCUGAAAAAGAGCCGUGGAGCCUGAGGAGAUGCUGGAGUAUGGAGGUUUUGGUAGCCUUGUAAAGACAGCCUCAGCAGGAGGGGCUGGCUCCCCUAGGACCCCAGUGACACCAGACCUCUGCCCUUGGUCCUUACAGAGGGUGAGCUCAGCAGCCAAGAGCAUGAAAACAGGAGUCCUGUGUUCACUGCACCUCCAGAAGACUUGGGUUCCUCCCCAAGAGCACUGAUGCUACUGAGGCUACUGCCCACCUCAACACAAAGGCAGUUCCCUUUCAGCAUCACACACAGGGUGGCUGUCACAGAGCAGCCUGUGUUUGUCCUGGCAUGGGUUAGAGCCAGUGUAUGUCAAAGCCAGUGUGAAACCUUGCUGCAGAAGCAGGGUGAAUGCGGCCCUGGAAGCCUGGCAUAGGGGCCACCCACCCCAGCACUAUGUAAAACACACUGUGGUGCAGGGAGAGAUCUUAACAACGUCCAAAGGAGGUAAUUCAAGGGCGAAAAAUUGAGCUUGGGGGCAGUGGGUAAUCCAGGAGCCUCUUUUUUGAUAGCACUACCUCUAAAUGUGAAUCCA